GCCACCAGUUUAAGCCGCGAUCGCUCUUCCCCACGUGGAUCCUAGGCUCCGCGCUCCCGGGAGCGACUCGGGUGGCUGAUUUGCGGGCGGCCUCCCGCUGGGUCCUGCUCCGGUCCGGCAUGAACCGCUAUCUUGUGCCGGUGUCCCUGCUGGGCACGGCGGUGGGUGGCGCUGUGCUGCUCAGGGACUAUGUUGCCGGCGGGGCCUGUCCAAGCAAGGCCACCAUUCAGGGGAAGACUGUCAUCGUGACGGGUGCCAACACUGGCAUCGGGAAGCAGACCGCCAUGGAGCUGGCCCGGAGAGGAGGCAACAUCAUCCUGGCCUGUCGAGACAUGGAGAAGUGUGAGGCGGCGGCAAAGGACAUUCGAGGGGAGACCCUGAAUCACCAUGUCAACGCACGGCACCUGGACUUGGCCUCUCUGAAGUCCAUCCGAGAGUUUGCAAAAAAGAUCAUUGAAGAGGAGGAGACGGUGCACGUGCUGGUCAACAACGCGGCCGUGAUGCGGUGCCCACACUGGACCACUGAGGACGGCUUCGAGAUGCAACUUGGCGUGAACUACCUGGGUCAUUUUCUUCUGACGAACUUACUACUGGACAAGCUGAAGGCCUCCGCUCCUUCGCGGAUCAUCAACCUCUCGUCCUUGGCCCACAUCGCCGGGCACAUAGACUUUGAUGACCUGAACUGGGAGAAGAGGAAGUAUGACACUAAAGCGGCCUACUGCCAGAGCAAGCUGGCCCUCGUCCUCUUCACCAAGGAGCUGAGCCGGCGGCUGCAAGGCACGGGUGUGACCGUCAACGCUCUGCACCCUGGUGUGGCCAGGACAGAGCUGGGCAGGCACACGGGCAUGCAUAAAUCUGCCUUCUCCAGCUUCACGCUCGGGCCUAUUUUCUGGCUGCUGGUCAAGAGCCCUCAGCUGGCGGCCCAGCCCAGCACCUACCUGGCUGUAGCAGAGGAACUGGAGGGCGUUUCUGGGCAGUACUUCGAUGGACUCAAAGAGAAGGCUCCGGCCCCCGAGGCAGAGGAUGAGGAGGUAGCCCGGAGGCUUUGGGCUGAAAGUGCCCGGCUAGUGGGCUUGCAGAUGUCCUAGGGGGUCCCUGUGUGGGGACAGCCCCUUCCCAAAUCACCUGGGAGCAGGCGUGGUGGAUUCAGGAUGAAGUUGCAAGACCAAGGCUGACUGCCAUGUAUCGACCCUGAGCCUCAAGGUUGAGAAAUCUGGCUGCCAUACCCGAAGCACCCUCUAGGUGGCAGCAUUGGCCAAGCCUGAAAGAUGAAGGAACUUGGUUGCCAUGCCAGCAGCAGCAGCCACUAGAGGGCAGCAUUGACCAAGGAAUGCUGGCUGCCCAUGCUCCCUUCGCCCUCUAAAUGGCAGCAUUGCCCUUUUCUGGCCACAGUGGCUUGGCCGACCGGUGGGGCGCCUGACCCAGGGGCUGGCUCGGGCAGUGUGACCCGCUGUUACAGGUGAGCAGGGUUAUCAGGUGCUGCUUUUGGGGAUCUAAAAGAGGAGCCACCGAGGGAAGAGCCGGCUUCCUCUGAUGUGGGCCACAGUUGGGGACAAAUAGUGGGACACAGUCAAGUUCAUGGUCCCCUGUAGGACCUUGUACACCGCCAGGCUCCUUUCCGAGUCUCUGUUUCCCCAGCUGUAAAGUGUGCAGAAUCACUGGACUGCCUCACGGGGUGGCGGGCUGAGCAUUUCCUGCUGGGGAGAGUGUACUGGGGGUGUUAGCGUGCCUUACCCGGGCCAGGUGCUGGGGCUGGGGGCCGUGUUUGGAGAACAGGACGACAUAUACCUGGUCCCACAUCCCUGAGCCAUGACCCACACAGGUGAACAGCGCGCCAGCUGCCGCUGCUGAGUACCCAGGAUGCCUCGGGUCCCGACCUUUCCUAGCCCUAUUAACUCUCAAACUUGCUCUUUAAUAAAAAAUAAUAAAAAA